GGACGCUCUCACAGAGAAAGAGGGCCCAAUACAUUCGGCUUUCCUCGCCUACUACAGUUCGGAGCAGUGUGAUGCCCUACUGGUUUCCCUGCAGCAACACUUCCACUGGUUCUUUCAAAGAGUCGAUGUUGAGGAGCAGCAGGCUAACAUGCCAGUUCCACCUGGAGCUGCCGAGAAACAGGAAUUGAUUGAGAUAGAAGCCAAUCUGGAGAAAAGCUUGAAGCGAGUAGGUGAGACAUAUGCCACCAUUAUCCUGGGUUUGGGAAUGAGCAAGCAACAUCACAUGGAUUGUGGCAGGUCAAGAGUAUCUUCUACACAUAGAGACAGAACAACAUUUGAGUUGUUAUACUUGUUCUGUGCUAAUGUCAUCAACGUCACAUUCAGACGUCGUGACAGCGAAGCCAUUGGUGUGGAGAUUGGAAAAAUUCUGAGAUCCGACAUGUUCAACCCAGCACUCAGGGUUAGCAGAGAGGGGACAGUAUUUCCAUCCAACACGCAAACAGAACAUAUCAAGUCAUGCACUGCCACUGUGAAAAGAGCGUCAGUAAAAACUAUCAUGUAUCAGAAGUCACCAGCUCUCCGCUCGCUGCUACCAUCAAGCAAGGAGCAAGCUCCAUGGCUUUUCCACACUAGAUUCCUGCAUGGACAGCCAGGGCUUGAAAAGAGAUUCACUUCAUCGAUGCACGAUGACGAUGAUGGUGACAAUAGCACUUACAUCAUACCAGAUAAGAUAGGUAUUGUAGGCGAACCAUUGAGCUUGUUCCACUCUUCCACACUUUCCCCAAUUGAUGCGGAGUCUGAGAAUAAUGGUGAACCGACAUCUGAAUAAAUGUCUUAAUUGUAGCAAACAAACUUCUGACAUUCCACUUUCUAUUUUAUUCCUCACGCGGUGGAUCUCUGCUCUCAGGCUAAAAACGCUACAAUAAUACUAACUCUGUAACUAAACAAAUUGUUCGUUUAUGUAAAUUACAACCGUUAAAAAGGCUGUACAGCGCUGCCACUUAUCACCAUCUAGUCAUUACCGCCUAUAUGUUUAUAACGGUGUAGUUUGCUGCUUCAACCAUGUUCUGAAAAUUAGGAUAACUGUUGCAAUGCAAUAGCAUUAGGAAAUGACAACAGAUGGCGCUGCAUGAUGCAAUCUUGUAGUCUGGGCUCUGGUCUGUGUAAAGUGUGGAUACGGACAGCAUUGCAGCAAGCGGUAAUUGAAAUAGUGUACUUAUAUUGCGUUUUGAUAAAAUAAAAAUGAAUGCAUCAAAGAAAUAUUAAAUGAAUAUUUGUGGGUAGAGUUGGAUGCGGAAUCGUCUUGAGUAGCAAGGAUUUUGACGGCAGAUCAGUGUGUUGGAGCAUGUAACAAAAAGGGCGCAAAAAGUAUCGUGAUCUUGAGCACAGUCACUUCAAACGUUUCAAUAAUAAAAUGAUGGCAAAUA